AUGGCGUGGAUGCUGGACUGCCUUUUCGCAUCGGCCUUUGAGCCCCGCCCCCGCCGUGUGAGCGUCCUGGGAGGAGCCCCAGGACAGAACCGGGACCGCAAAAUGGACAUGGUAUCCAUACACAGCCUCUCCGAGCUGGAGCGCCUGAAGCUGCAAGAGACUGCUUACCAUGAACUCCUGGCCAGAAAUUUCCUCUCUGAAUUCAAGCCGGAUAGAGCUCUACCCACUGACCAUCCAAACACCCUGGAGAAGUGGCUUCUGCUUCUGAGAGGACAGGAGAGGGCCGCGUCUCUCAAGACCUUUGGCAUCCGCCUGGAAGAGACGCUGGUCAAUGAAAUUACCCGCCGCAAGCACCUUGAACUGAUGGCUGCAAUGGAGGCUGAAAAUGCCACAGGUUCCCGCCAUCAUCGGGGAGACGUGGUGCAAAGGAUGUUUGGACGCAUGCGGCGCAUUUUCAAUGGCAGGAGGAAUGCGCCCACCCUGCCUAUAGCGUUUACUCGCCGUGGUCGUCGAGGUGCAAUGUCUGUGGAUAGCCUGGCUGAACUGCAGGACGGGGCCUUGCUGAUGCGGACUCUACAGCUCUCCAAUCUUUCAUUUCCUAUCGGGCAGCGCCUUCUGGGAUCCAAAAGGAAGAUGAGCCUCAACCCAAUUGUUCAACAAGUCCCCCAGGUUGUUGAGACUUGCUGCAGGUUCAUUGAGGAACAUGGAUUAAACGCUGUGGGGAUUUUCACCGUUGAGUUCUCUGUGCAAAAAGUGCUUGAGCUCCGAGAGUUAUUUGACAAUGGUCUGGAUAUUGAGCUGAAUGCCAGCGUGAAUGUGCAUGAUGUGGCUGCACUCCUCAAGGAUUUUUUCUAUGAAAUGAAGGACUCCCUGCUGCCUGAAGAUCUGUACGUGUCCUUCCUCCUGACUGCAACUCUGAAGCCCCAGGAUCAGAUUUCUGCCCUGCAACUGCUGGUUUACCUGAUGCCGCCCUGCCACAGCGAUACCCUUGAACGUCUACUGAAGGCACUGCACAAAAUCACUGAGCACUCUGAAGACUCCAUUGGCGCUGAUGGACAGCUGGUUCCAGGUAACCGAAUGACUUCCACCAACUUGGCCUUGGUGUUUGCAACUACUCUCCUGAAGAAGGGGAAGCUGGCCAUGGCGGAAUCCAGGAAGAUAAAGCUGGGGAUUAGUGACUAUGUUGCAUCUGUCCAUGUGGUCCGUGCCAUGAUUGAUCACUGGGAUAUCCUCUUCCAGGUGCCCCCCCAUAUUCAGAAACAGGUUGCUAGGCGUGUGUGGAAGUUCAGCCCUGAAGCACUGGAUUUUAUCAGACGCCGGAAUCUGAGGAAGAUCCAGAGCGCUCGCAUAAAGAAGGAAGAGGAUGCUAUGCUUUCUGAUCCAGUGGAAAAUGCUACUGAAGCCCUGGCUGCUGUCCUUGCCCAGAGCCAGCCCUUUGAUGAAGAUCCUCAAGAAGCCCCAGAUGUGCAGGAUGUCUUGAACUCUGGAGAGAACCUGGACUAUGACUUUGAUUAUGGACCAUAUUACAACUACUAUCUGGACCUUGCAGAGGUUCCCUAUCUUGAUGUAAUUCCAAACGAGGAAGAUGCCAAAUCAGACGCUGAUGAAAUCCCAGGUUCCUCUGUGGAUCCCACUGUGCCUCCCACCACUGCCAGUUCCCAUGACAAUGAGGAAGGAGCGGGUAAACCCCCCAAGGCGAAGAAAGGCCGUGGGUCCCGGGAGAAGAGGGGCAAAUCUGGCAAAGGCUUCUUUCCUUAG